GACUGGGCGUUUGCGAUUAUUUUUGUGCCUCUUUUCUUCAUCCGGACGAUGAUCAUUCACAAUCGGAUCGACCCUAGCUGGCUAGUGGUCUCUCCAAUUGGGGCCUUGUUUCGAUGAGGCUUUUGAUUGUCUCCUCUAUCUUCUUCUCUCGGGGUCUGAGGGGUGGUUGCCAAAAUCCGACCCUUUUAAGGAUCCGAACGACCAAAGGAUCAAAUGGCGGUGGGCGUGAUGUUAGGCCAGGUGGCCAUCCGCCUAAUGUGAGGCGUCUCGAUGAUCGGACUGACUCUUCCCACUGUCCACUCGGCGGAUUUGGCCUCGAUUGCUCUUUACCUGUUCUUUUUCAAUUCUUUUAUUUUCCAGCACGUUUCACCUUUGUCCCCCUAUCACCAACACCUGGAGUCUUUUUUCAUCCGAGCGAUGGGAGAGCCAUUGGAGCCUACUGCCGCUUCAGUAAGACAGGUCUAUCCAUAUACUAGAGAAAUCCCCCACCCUGCACCAUCUUUCCAAAAACCACUCGAAAAAAAGCAUCCAUUUCCCUUAUUCGUUGAACAGAAAAUGCCUCGAGCAGAGGCGAAUUAAGUGUCUCUAAUACUGAGCCCCGUGUUUGAUACCCCCUUAUGCCCCCUCCCCCUCCUCCCCCUCCCCCCUAUCCCCGGUUCUUAUUCUUGUUUCGGUCCGUCGCUCUUUAUCCCCUCCUCCACUGGAC